AUGACAAUCGCAAUUCCAACACCGAUCAAUGGCGAGGUGCCGAGUGUACCUAAGCUAAACGGCGUGAAUGGUACUCAUGGUUUAAAUGGAACAAAUGGCGCAAAUGGCACAAAUGGAACCAAGACAUCAACUAAGCCAGCUGUUAACGGAGACCAUGGAAUCGAUUUACCAAAUCAAUACUCGAUUCCGCUGAACAACGAACAUGCAUACAAGCCUAGAAAAAUGCGUGUCGUCACAAUCGGAGCCGGUUUCUCGGGUCUCUUGAUGGCGCACAAAAUUCAACAUCGAUUUCCUGAGUUGCAGGACUUUGUGGACCAUACCAUCUACGAAGCUCGAAGUGAUGUCGGUGGCACCUGGUUAAUUAACACCUAUCCGGGUGUGCAGUGUGAUGUUCCGUCUCACAUCUAUGCUUUUCCAUUUGACCCGAAUCCUGACUGGAGCCGGUUCUACUCCAGCGGAGAGGAGAUCCAAAAUUACAUUAAGAGCACUGUCAAAAAGUGGAACUUGGAUCGAGACCUCCAGCUGAAUACAAAAGUCGCUGGAGCGUACUGGGAGGAAGAUGCCGGACGGUGGAGAUUGGUUAUCGAACACAACGGCGAGCAACGUGAGGAGUACUGUGAUAUCCUCGUCUCGGCUCAAGGUGUUUUAGUUCAUCACUCUUGGCCUGACAUUCCAGGCUUGCACGAUUUUAGGGGUCAUGUCACUCACUCUGCUCAUUGGGAUCACGAUUAUGACUACUCCAAUAAGCGCAUCGCUGUUAUUGGAAAUGGUUCAUCUGGGAUUCAAAUCACUCCACAAAUGGCCAAGCUCCCGGGUACGGAAGUCAUCAAUUUCAUGCGCAGUCCUGCUUGGGUCUAUUACCGCGUACCGCCUUCCAAGCAUCUCGGACGAGACGUCGAAGAUGCAAAUCCCGCAUAUGCAGAGGAAGAGAUACAACAAUUCAAUGACCCUGAGUCCCACAAGGAUUACCGAAAGGGGAUCAUCUCUCGAACGAACAAGGCCUUCCGCUUGUUCAUCAAGGGCGAGAACAAUGAGGCUGCAGUAAAGUUUGGGGCGCAGCAGAUGGCCGAAAAGCUAAACUAUGACCCCGAGCUCUGCGAGAAGUUGAUCCCGAAAUGGGAGGUAGGCUGUCGUCGUGUCACCCCAGGACCAGGUUAUUUGGAAGCCUUCAGUCGGCCAAACUGCAAUCUCAGCAAUAGCCCCAUCACAAAGAUCACAGAGAAUGCGGUACACACAGAAGAUGGCAAGGUCUUCGAGUGUGAUGUUGUCAUUUGCGCCACUGGUUUUGACGUCUCUCAUCGUCCUCAUUAUCCUAUAGUUGGCCAAAAUGGGGUCAGCCUUGCAGAUAAAUGGGCCGAGGAACCAGAGUCCUACCUCUCUGUCUCAACAUCAGGAUUCCCUAACUACUUCAUCAUGAUGGGUCCCAACUGUCUCGGCGGUCACGGCUCCUUGGUGGAGUCCCUCAAUUGGACAGGCGAUUACUUCGUGAAAUGGAUCAAGAAGAUCGCUACAGAGGAUAUCAAAUAUGUUGUGCCGAAGCGGUCUGCUGAGGAAGCUUUUGUCAGAUAUGGCGAUGAGGUUCACAAAACCCUUGUUUGGACGGGUGGUUGCAAGAGCUGGUACAAGCGAAACCGAGUCGAUGGCCGUGUUACGGCAUUGUUCGGUGGCAGUGCAAUUCUCUUCCAUCGCUUGAUCAGUGAGCUUCGGCCUGAGGACUUUGAGAUUGAAUACAACAGUCGCAAUCCGUUCCGGUUUAUGGGUACUGGGUUCACUGAGUUUGAGAUGACAGAAGGGAAUGAUCUGUCUUAUUACGUUGAGGUCGCAGAUGAACCUUUAUCCUAUGCAUAG